CGUUUGUCAACAAGAAUGCGCGAAGAUUUGUGGAGGCGUCAGGUCUGUUGUUUUGACUCUUUAGGCCGAACUAAUGAGUAAUGAUACAACAAAAAUAUAAACAAAUGUUAUAAGUUAAAACUAGUUAUAUUCCCUAUGUCAAUGUCAUUAUGACCAUUUUUUAUGUCCUUGUAUAAUGGACAAUCCCUCUCCUGAUUUCAACGACUUGGUGAUUGACGUUGAUAAUUUUACAUUACAUCAACAACAACAGUCAGGAGACAAUAACAUGGGUAUCGCAAGAUUUGACCGAAGACAGCGCCCCUCGCCAUCACUGGACAACUUAUUUAGCAACAGAGACGUUUUGGCAAGAAGAUUAAAAAACAGACCGGACAAGAAUGAUUUGGUUGAUCGAAAUAUUAUUCCAGCUCAUGUCUCCAAUCCUAAUAUUUACGAUAAAAUCGCACAACUUGAGCGUAAAAAGACUGGUGACUUUCUGCAAAGAAAAAUUAGAGCACGGCCAAACCGUCAGCAACUUAUUCAAAGACAUAUUUUAUCAGAUCAUCGUGUAGAUCCAUCUUUAUUUGACAGUCUUGGUCGAUUGGAGCGUCAGAAGAUUGCUGAUCAGUUAAGUGAAAGACUGUUAUCGAGGCCAGGUCCUAUAGAGUUAAUACAAGAUCAUAUAUUACCUGUUGAAUCACCAAUACAAAAUGCAAUCGAGCAGGGACAAGUGGCGUUUGAAAGCACUGUUUCCCCAACAUCAUCAAACGCUGAUUCGCCAUUAGUUAACGGAAUAGGUACUGGUGUUACUACGUUUCACUGUGGGUCUCCAUCCCCACCACCAUCCACUGAGUCAUUUGCUGAGUCAUUUAAAAAUCAUUUGAACUAUAUUUCUAAGGAUAAUGGUAGUACUACAAGAAGUUUUAUUAAGAAAACACCUAGUGAGCCAAAUAUUGGUAAUUUAACUAUAUCAAUUUCUCAAAAAGAAAAUGAGAAAUUGGUUCGUGCAGUAAAUAAAAAAUCACGCCCAACCAAGCCGAGAGUUAAGAAAUUAAAAUUUCAUGAAUGUCGUCCACCUGAUAUGCCAUCUGAUUCACCAUCAGUUGAUGAAGUAGAUGAACGUUACCAAAGAUUGCUAGAGCAACAAACUUUGUAUUUGCGUUUGCAAGUUAUGCAACAAAAUGCUAUGAUGAAUGCACUGCAAGGAAAUACCAACUCGAUGGAAGAAGUUACAGAAGAAAUUGAAAACGUCAUAAACCAAGAUGCAACUAAGUCUGCUGGAGAAGUGCAAAAAUCUCUUGAAGGAAAAAAACUUGACGACCUUCGUGUAAGAGAUUUAAGAGCACAAUUAAAACAGCGUGGUUUGUUAGUUUCAGGUUCAAAAGCAAGAUUAAUUGAACGUUUGAUUGCUUAUGAAGAAGGAAAUAGUAAUCCAGCUGAUUUUAGUUAUGGUGGUGUAAAUUCUGUGGCUGAAACCAUGCAAAACAUAACAUCUCCAAAAACGUCUUCCAGCAUCUCACACUCCACACCAGCAACAACUGUCAUGCAGGUCACAACAUAUACUACUGACGCUACAGGUAAAACAUACCAGGUUAUACAAGCUGUCCCACAAUCGCUGCACAAUGUGAUGCAGUAUCAAGUUCUACCUGCAAACUAUGUUUCAAAUGCUGAAAGGUCUUUGUCUCCACUGCAAAUGAAACAUGUGAAUAUUCAACCAGUUGUUGCAGUAACUCAACCACAUGUCAUGACACUACAGGAAUCUGUGUCAGGCCUAAAAACAAUGGAAAGUCAAGCAUCACCAUCACAAAUACAAUUUCAUCUGGCACCUCCACCACAACAACCAUCACCAACUAUUGUGUUACAUCAAGGCCCUCCUGUUCAGAGAGCUGCCUUGCUUCAACACGAGAAGCAUAAAGUACAAGUACAACACAUGCCUGGCUUAAACCAAAAUUUCUUCAUGGCCAACCAAAGUCAAACAGCAUUCACGCAGCUGUCGCAAUCAUUACCAGCUACCCAUUUUAAUGAUAACUACUUUGUACAAAAUCAUUUAACAAAUAAAAAAACUGAACAUCAAAAAAUCACUACUAAAGCCAGUUUGGAUACGCAACUAAGAAUACGCACAGUAUCCGAACCAGCACAAAAUUAUAAACGGUCACAGAGCCAUGGUGACUACAAGGGACUUAUAAAGGGUUUAGACAAAAAUGCAAACUAUCCCCAACCAUUGGUUUCUACAUCUUCCUUAGAAUCAAUAAGUAUCAGUGGAACGCAACCAUCAACUGGAAUGAUUUCAUUCGAGCAAAACCAGGGUUCAGGAAUUAAGACUGAAACCAAAAAUGACUAUGAUGAUAUUAUGGAUAUUAUUGGAGAAUUAUCAACACCUUCACCCAUCUAUAUGGCUUCCCCAAUACCUUCAUCAGCAGGUUAUGUAAAAACAGACGUUACACCACAGUAUAAUUCUUGUUUAUACGAUACCACAGAAUUAAAAAAGCAAGUAACAAAUAAUUUCUUAAAUAUCGGACAACAAAGAAAUAAACAAUUUUCAUCUGUACCUGAAAAUAUCAAUACUAUAAGUAACAGUUCUAGCCAAGCAUAUUUAUCAUCUCCGUAUGGUAGUCUGGGUACUCAUAACAACCUCAGUGGAAGUAUGACGGAUCUUCAAUCACCACAAUCUGGUAGUUAUGGCAACUUAAAUCUAUCUUCCAGUACAGGGAAUCUUUUAUCAGAUAACUUUCAGAACUCAUUAAGUUCCCCAUUUCAAACCACACAGACACAUAAUUACUUAAAAAUGAGUGAUAAUCCUAUGUCUCCCAUGAGCACGGAAGAUGAAGGUCUUGCAAUGGAACUGGAAGGCUUUCCUGCAUCGAACAACCAAAAUAAUGAUUUAAAUUGGUCCGAUUUGAGUAGGCCGGAUUCUCCAGCAAACAUGCAGUUCCAAGGAAUGCCUCUAAAAGACAAUAGCAGUGCUUACUCCAGUUUAGCAGGCUCUUCGGAAAUAUUAGACAUUAAUACAAAUAAUAUGCUUCAACAGCACACUCUUUUUGGUCAUAAUGAAAGAACUCAGACAUCUAUUUAUAGUAGCAGUCCCCGUCCACAGGAUGGGUAUGUUUCAUUGUUUGACUUGCAGGGAGGGGAUUAUUAAAACGAAAUCAAAUCACACUUCUGUUUGUAGUAUUUCCAUGCAACAUACAGUUUUUAAAACGUGAGAUAUAGUACUAGUCUUUAUUAGCUGAAAAAUGUAAAAUAUUGCUUUUACUUAGAUUUUUAUAACUUAGGUUUUAUGUAGAAGUAUUUCACCAGCCACCAUUAACUUUUGUAAUUGGACAUACUACAUUUUCUAUUCCUCUCAAGUUAAUCUAAAUGUUUCAUUUGUUGUUAUCCUCUUGUAAAUCUCUUGUUCAGUUUUACUCGUUUUAUGAGUUGAUAAUCCCCACCAUAUUGGUUGUCACAUCUAAUGUUUAUUCUUCCAGCUGAUAUCUUCUGGAUGCAAUAUUGUUCUGUUAUCUGUUGAAAUUUUAAAUUAAUGUCAAAGUUUGUGCUGGUAUCACAAAGCUUUACUUCUAGUUUUUGUAAACAAGUUUGGAAUGUUAAAAUAUGUCUUUUAUCUGUUCUCAGGUAUUGUCCACUAGUCGUGUUACUUUUUACUUGUAUAAUUUUUAGGAGGAACAAGAGUGUGAUUUUGAAAAUGUGAUUAUAAAGUUGAAGUAACUUCUCAUUUCUCUGUGAGAUUUUGUAUAUUUUCAUUUGCACUCUUCUGAGAAUUGUUUAUAAAAAAUAAAAAAUUAAAGACCAAA